UGUACCUACCUCUGCAUAACGAUAACUCAUCUCAUCUUUCUCUAUCUUCCUACAGAUCGCAUCCCGGCCAGACUGGUGCUCUACUUCCUGUCGUGGUCCGGUUUUCUCGUUUCGUUCAUGAUGCGCAACGAUAUCAACUUCGCCCUGGUGGCCAUGGGUACGCGACAGCUCGUCCAACUCGUCGAUCAACAGCCACUGUGCGCCCUCCAGUAUGGCUCUGGCAGGAACAUCACCGCUGGUACCGGUGGUGGCCAAUGGAAACUUUUCCGAUCUGUUGCUGAGCAAUUUCUCCGCAUCUGCCGACGAUAUGGGAGACCUGAUGGGAGACGUGGUGGUGGAAACAACAUCAUCCAAGCACAACGAGAAUCUGUAUGGGAACUUGACUGGGACUCGACGGUACAGGCCGUCAUCAAGGGUUCGUUCUAUUGGUGCUACGUGCUGUCGCAGGUAGCCGGCGGUGUGGCCACUCAAUACUUUGGCACCAAGAGCGUGUUUGGCUGGAGCCAAUUCUUCACGGCUGCCUGCAGCUUAUGCAUUCCGUACGCUUCGGAUAUUCAUUACGGAGUGGUUAUUUUGUUACGGUCGAUCCAAGGCUUCGCCAGUGGGUUGACCUGGCCUGCGAUGUACGCCAUCGUGGGAUAUUGGAUACCGCCAGUCGAACGAAGUCGAUUCAUGUCCAGUUUUCAAGGGUUCAGUAUCGGCAUAGGAUUGACGUACCCGUUGUGUGGAUUCAUCAUUGCGCACUUUGGCUGGAGAUUGGUGUUCUACACUACCGGGACGAUUGGAAUGGUUUGGUGCCUGUUUUGGUAUUUGCUAGCCUUCAAUACUCCUCAAGAGCAUCCGCGGAUAACGCCUGAAGAGCUGGAAUACAUAGAAUUGAACGUGAGCGAAGAUAUCAAAAAUGGUCAAGGCAUGAAGGUACCAUGGAAGAAGAUAUUCACAUCGAUGCCGGUGUACGCCAUUGGAUUGACCACUUUCGGCAGAAUUUGGGUUCAUUACACGUUCAUAAUGUCCGGACCGGAGUACAUGCAGAAGAUUCUUUGCUUCGACAUCCAGCAAAAUGGACUUCUUAGCGGAACGCCAUUCUUGUGUUCUUACCUUUCUUCGGUGCUUUUCUGCUACAUUGCCGACAUUCUGGUUCACAAACAGCUGAUGACGUUGACCAACGUGCGGAAACUGUUCACUGCCCUCUCGCAGAUCGUUCCGGGGGUUUUGGUGCUGCUGGUUGGUUACCUCGGGUACAACAUCGUGAUUGUGCUGGUGCUGUGGUUCGUUGCCGUAACGUUCAUCACGGCCUCGUAUGCCGGCGCCAUGGCGAACAUCGUGGACAUCGCACCGAAUCUGGCCGGACCCGUGCUGGCAUUUGCGCAGACCAUACACAUGACGGCGUCGUUCCUGCAACCCCUCGUGACCGGAGUUAUGGUGACCGAUGCCCAAAAUCUCAACCAAUGGCUGCACGUGUUCGGCGUUAGCUCGGCGGUGGCCAUCAGCUGCUACCUGGUGUUCCAGUUCUUCGGCACGGCCGAAAUCCAACCCUGGAACUAUCCGGUGCCGGAUCCGGAGGUCUGUUCAACGGACGAUUCGGCGGUGAUCGCGAACCAACCGAUGCUCAAAGUAUCGUCGGUAAGCGGCGCCGGGUACAAAUACAACCGCGAAGACGACGACGAGAACGAUAGCAGUGAUAAUUAAAGUUAAAUACGUUAGGCUAGGAUAGUUUCGGACUGUAUAGAGGUUUUUGAUCGACACAGAGAUCGCUAAAAGAAAAGUGAUAAAGAGAUUAGUGCAGGAUAUUCGUUUGGGAUGUUGAAUGAAAAGCCUAUCGUUCGUUGAACGGGCAAGAGUGUUGCGAGAUGAGGUAUUAUGGGAGAUUCAGAAUGGUUGAGUUGCGUUACCACGAACCAUUAUUAAUGGUAAUGAAACUUUACCAUGCACAAAGAAUCAGCAGUUUUUAGAUAAGGCAAGCGGAUCGAAACAGACUAGGUGAAGAAAAAUACAGUGCACUUUUCAAAGCUAGAAUUUAAGAAAUGUUAUGAACUUUGGUAAGGCCGCAGCAAUGCACAGCGUAAUAGUUAUUUGAAGCAGAAUUCCAACAAUUAACAACUAAGUUAAACACAGAUGAAACAAUAUAUCCAUCGUAGGACGGCUAACGAUUGCAUGCACAGUUACUUAAAGACACACGGUGAGGUGGUUUGUUCGGAGUAGAGGAGUAUUGCGCGUUUUCGCUCUUUUUUAAUAAAGUUUUGACCUCUGUUAUUGAGUUAUUGCGAGAAAAUGCUAAAAUCCCAAUCAACUGAAUCAAAUGGAGAAAUGUGCAAGUCUAUAAUACUUACAAUCAGAUGUAACAAAUAACGAUUCAUUUUUCAUUCACAAAGCAUGAUCGUGCAAAAGGAACCAAAGCGAUUUGAUGUAACUGCGAAGAUAAGCGUUUUUGAUCAAGAUCCUCGUCCUCGGUACAAGUAUUUAUCACGUAACGUGCAGUUAAUACAAAAUAAGAACAGUUAGAAGUUACAAGAUGUAGAUUUAUGAUUUUUACAGAAAGUGUUGUAUCCAACGUGGCUUGCCGAGUUGGACAAUUACGACAAGUGCUGUAAAAAUCGAGUUCUGCAACGAGUUGCGUACAACAUUUUUUGCAAUUUCGGAAAAGGCCACUUGAUGGUAUAAGAAAUCACAUCGGGAUGCGUUCAACUUCAUUUCAAAAUAUCUGAAAAUUGUUGUAUAAUGAUUUAUUACACAACUUAAAACAGUUGCGCAAUGAAAGCUAAUUGCGUAAUAGUCAUUACGCAACUGAUUUCAGAAGAUAAUUCCUACUGAUUUAACAAAAAAGAUUGAUGAUAGAUUCUUAUUUUACUUGAGUUUAUUUCUAUUUCAGCUUAUUUGUCGAAGCCCACAAGUUUUGAAUUUGCGCGAAAAUGAGCAAAGCAUCUUUUGUUUACUGCCCAGUUUGUCCCUUAGUAGACGUAAGCGCCAACAUGGACAAAAUUAAGUUUUUAAUUACUAUGCAUUCUUUAUAAAUGCGAAAAUAUACCAGAAGUGAUUUCGCAUGAGAACGCACACCAAUUUUUCUGAACGUAGUUUUGUCUCGAGGGUUUUUAGAAAGUCUAGCUGGAAAAUAAGCUUGCUUAAACAAUGACUGCUUGUUGACGUCACUUGACAAUAACGUCAGUUCAUACAUACAAAUGAAAGAACAAUCCCUGUUUGGUCAGAAAAGUUGGUGCAUGCGUUUUCAGAUGAAAAAAAAAUACGUAAUGAAUCAUAAUUUUUCCUGGUCCACUUUACGUAAUUACGUCAUCUAUGCAAAUAUGGGCAGUUUACUGUGGACAAACAUCAAAGAAAGAGAAGCGCCGUGUACAUAUUAUUCUAUAUUUCCACAUGUGAAGCAAAACGUUUAUUGAUUGUUCUAGAAACUAUAGACAAAAAAUGAGGAACAAUGUGUAGCACUCACAUACUCACCUAACCAAGCGAAACAGUUAUUAAAGUACAUAUAAUGUUAUUUAGGUUUCUAGUUUUACCGGAUCUCACUCUUAUAGAUACUUGCAGAGAUAUAAAUGAUAAAACCGAUGAUUAAAGAAAUAAAUUUUGUAAUAAACACGUUUGCGCCUGUAACCACAGUGUAUAACAGAA